AUGCUCGACGUCAUUGUUAUUGGGGCCGGCUUCAGCGGCCUUGAAGCUGCUAAGACUGCUAAGCAGGCGGGCUUGUCGGUUGCUAUUGUGGAGGCACGCGAUCGCGUUGGCGGAAAGAUUUGGAGCGUGCCCCUGGCUUCUGGGCGCGGUUUUGCCGAGCUCGGGGGUGCAUGGAUCAACGACAGUCUCCAGCCGCGAGUCUGGGCAUAUGUGAAACAAUUCGACUUGAAGAUUGUAAAGCAGCGUCUUGAAGGCAUGGCGAUUAUGCAAGAAAGUGAGAAUGAACGGUUUGAGUUUCCAUUUGGCAGGACCCCGGAAUUCACACCAGCCGAGAAGAAGAAUCUCGAAUUCAUUCGCGAUCAUUUCCAGGCCGAGUCCCUGAAACCGGGACUGCCCUCGGCAGAGGUUGAUAAUGUGACGCUGGAUGAAUACGUUUGUUCACUGGGUGCCUUGCCCAAGAUCGCAAGAAUGGUGAAUCUCUGGUCCCAAGUUAUGCACGGCUUAGAGUCUACCGAAGAAUCUGCCGCCUGGUUUAUCGACUACUGCCGUCGAAACGAAAGCUUCCUUGCCAUUCGGGCAGACGAUUCGACCGGCGGUCAGUACUUGCGAUUCCAAGACGGCGCACAGUCAAUCGCCCAAGGGAUCGCCGAGAUAGUGGGAAAGGAAAAUAUUCACCUUGCAUCCCCAGUUGAUGCGAUUAUUGAUCAUGGAACGCAUGUCACCGUCAUCACACGAAAUAAAAAGGUCUUCCAAGGGAAAAGAUGCAUCAUGUCCGUUCCAAGCACGAUGUAUAAAGAGUUCAGUUUCACGCCUCCCUUGCCAUCGGCCGUCCGGGAAGUUACCAACGGUACGGUUCUUGGAGACUACAACAAGGCUAUUGUCUGCUACGAUAAGCCCUGGUGGCGCAGCGAAGGAUUUAAUGGCUAUUUUGCGAGUUAUUCGGGACCCAUCACUCUUUGCCGUGAUACCAGCGUUGUUGAAAAGAGUCACUAUUCCUUAACCUGCUUUGUCAAUGGCCUGCCUGGCCGGAAGUGGUCGAAAUUGCCCACGCAUGAACGGCGAGCGGCCGGCCUGAAGCAGCUCGCCAAGGCGUUUAAUAACCAUCCCGAUGUGUUCCACCCGAUCGAAGUGUUCGACCAAAUCUGGCAACACGAGGAGUUCAGCCGAGGAGCUUUGGCACCAGUUCAUGCAAUCGGCCACUUGACGAAAUAUUCCUCGGUGUAUGGAAAGCCCGUUGGCAAUAUUCAGUUUGUGGGGACUGAGUACAGUUCAGAGUGGAAAGGAUAUAUGGAGGGGGCAUUAUGGUCAGGAGAACAAGGCGCAAAGCAAGUCGUGGAGAUGCUGCAGAAACCGUCUGCGAAAAUCUGA